AAAAAAUUCAUGACACUUUAAUCUAGUAACUACCACUCCAGAAAAACACGAAACAGAAUCAGACAUACACCAAUUACUUCAGCUAUAUAAUGGGUGCAGCAAUAUCUUUACCAUUGAUGCCGAUCAAUGCACUCGCUUCCUGCUGUGGAGCAGCAGCCUGUUCGGCAUUAUGUACUUCAAUAGGAGGAACUUUCAAAUCUUCCAUAAUGACCAGAAUAACAUAUGCAUUUAUCCUAUUAGUUAAUUCAUUACUAUCAUGGAUCGCCCUAUCACCAUUUAUAAUCCAUAAACUUGAAAAGGCAACGUUUGGAUAUAUCAAUAAUAGAUGUGGUCCAGAUGGGAAUCAAUGUAUAAGUUUCACCUCGGUGUACCGAAUCAAUUUCGCUCUUGGGGUGUUACAUCUUGUAUUAGCCGCAUUGUUACUUAAUGUUCAAUCAACGGCUAAUCCUCGUGCCAUGAUCCAGAAUGGGUGUUGGAAAAUGAAGAUAUUUGCGUGGAUAUGUUUGAUAUUUGUCAAUUUCGUGCUUAUUCCAGACAACUUCUUUGUGUUUUAUGGUAAUAAUAUAGCCAUUAUAUUCUCGACUAUUUUCUUGGGGAUCGGUCUUAUAUUGUUGGUAGAUUUUGCUCAUGCAUGGGCUGAGAAAUGUUUAGAGAAGAUUGAAUUGGAGGAAUUGACUGGUGAAGGGGACGCAGGGUUUUGGAAGAAGUUAUUGAUUGGUGGUACAUUGACCAUGUACAUUUCCAGUAUAGUAUUAACUGUGAUUAUGUAUUGGUUCUUUGCUGGCAGUGGAUGCUCCAUGAACAAGACAGCCAUUACUUUAAACUUGAUAUUUUCAAUAAUUAUCUCAGCAAUGUCGAUCAAUACCACAAUUCAAGAAUAUAAUCCUCAUGCUGGUUUAGCCCAAUCGUCCAUGGUUGUAUUUUAUUGUACUUAUCUCGUCAUGAGCGCAGUUGCUUCUGAACCAGACGACAAAUACUGCAAUCCAUUGGUUAGAUCAAAGGGUACAAGAACUGCAAGUGUGGUAUUAGGUGCCAUGUUUACCUUUAUCGCAAUUGCUUACACCACAACAAGAGCAGCUGCAAACUCGGCAUUCAGUUCAGACUCCAAUCAAGAAUUUUUAGUGGGUGCUUCAACUACUACAACCCAACCAGCUGCUAGAAAUGAAAUGAGAUACCAAGCUAUAAAGCAAGCAGUAGACGAAGGAAGUUUACCAGAAAGUGCAUUAACUCAAAUGGACUUGUAUAAUGACGAUGAAGAAGGAGCUACUCCUGAUGAAGAACGUCAAUCAGUCCAAUACAACUAUUCGUUAUUCCACAUAAUCUUCUUUUUAGCAACACAAUAUGUUGCUACCUUGUUGACCAUAAAUGUUAAACAAGAUGAUCUUGGUGAUUUCGUGCCUGUUGGUAGAACUUAUUUUGCAAGUUGGGUUAAGAUUGUAAGCGCUUGGGUAUGUUUUGUGUUGUAUGGAUGGAGUUUAGUGGCCCCAGUAAUUUGGCCAGAUAGAUUUGGUAUACAAAUAUAAUCAAUAAAUAUAGUUUGUUUUC